AUGGCGUCGACUGGUGGCAAUCGGUCAUGGUCAGAGGAAGAGGAAACCUACCUUCUCCAGACUCGCAUGCAGAAGCUGCCGUACAAGCACAUCGCUGCGCAGCUCAAGAAGACUGAGCUCGCCUGCCGUCUGCAUUACCACCAGCUCUGUCAUGGGAGCCACCGCCGCCGACGUACUACUUCCAUCUCCUCUACCAUCUCUUCCAGCUCAGCCGGCCAUCCAUCGAGCUGCUUUCAACAUUCCCCUCCGAGUGAGCAUAGAAAUUCUAACGCGGCGGAGUCGUCCCGCCACGACUCACCAAGCAUGUAUCGCACCGGCUCUGCUAGCCCUCCAGUGCCAGCGCCGGUCUACAACAAGCCCAUACUCCCCAAAUGCCAGCCAGGACUGGUCACACCUCGCACGUCGCCCGAACCUGACUUACACCAUCCAUCCGGUCUUCGCAUCAACACCGCCGAGCAUGUUCUCCAGCGUCCCUCCACAGUCACGAGCAUUGACACAGGCCGUCUGCGCACGAUCUAUGAAGCCCACCGCGCCGCCUUUUGGGUGAGCAUCGCCGCUGACUAUGGCCAAGAUGUAUCGCCCAUCCACCUUGAGCAAGCCUGGCGCCAGUCUUGCAACGUCGCUAGGCCUCUCACGCCCCCCGAGGAGGGCCAAUCGACCUCUAAACACAGGCCGCUGCCACCCUUAUACUCGCAGCCUGCUGCCUCUGCUUCCGAGAGGCUGCAAGGACGCCUGUUCGAGACUACGCCUAUCACUGCGGGUGUGAGCGCUGUUUCGGCGCCGGAGAGGUUGCAGUAUACGCUACCGACGCUGACGCCUUCAACUGCGGGCAGUACACCGUCGAUGAGCCUCUCGAGAACCAGCACGUGGAGCGAGAUUAGCAGUGUUCCGGCCACGGCUAUUGCCGCGCUGUUGACUGUGGACAAAGAACCGAGGCCUGAUGUUGACGCAGACGCGAUCAUGCAUGGCUAG